CUACUGCCCCUGUACCGGAAGCUGAGGUGCGGAGCUGAUCUCUGCCCGGUCCUGACUGACUCGCGGAGCUUGUGUCAGGAGGUUCUGCUUUUAUAUAAGGCUCAGUCGCUCUAGAAGUGAAACUCUCUGGGACCUUCUAGCAGUUAGGCUGGGGCUACACAUGCUGGGUGACACAAACCAUGUGUGACUUGUCUGCAGCUAGCUGGCCUUUAUCUUACUGCUGUGAAGACAUAACCAAGUCGCAGGAGAUCCUCAAUCAAAACUGUCCUAGGUCCAUGUGGGAUUGUGUCCAGCAGUGGGUAAAAUUAGGACAGGAUGCUUCCCCAGGGUAGAAUUCUGCUUGCUCGAGUAUCAGGCUAUUGUAAGCCUCUUUUUAGAGGACGAUUUCUGUUGGUCACUAACACGGUUAGCUGUGGAGCAUUGCUGGCCGUUGGUGAUACUAUCCAGCAGACUCGAGAGCUGAGAAAAAAGCCGGAGAAACAGCGAGACUGGAUGCGGACAGGUCAUAUGUUUGCUAUAGGUUGCUCAAUGGGCCCUAUGAUGCAUUUCUGGUAUUCAUGGCUGGAUAAGGCGCUUCCAGGCCGAGCAAUCAAAAUGGUUUUGCGAAAGGUUCUAAUUGACCAACUGGUGGCCUCCCCCUGUUUUGGAUUGUGGUACUUUUUAGGUAUGGGCUUCAUGGAAGGACAGAGAUUGGAUGACAGCUGGGCUGAGUUUAAAGACAAAUUCUGGGAAUUCUAUAAGGCCGAUUGGACUGUGUGGCCCGCUGCACAAAUGAUCAACUUUUAUUUCCUGUCUCCUAAGUAUCGUGUCAUUUACAUUAAUGUGAUUACAGUAGGCUGGGACACCUACCUCUCAUACCUCAAACACAGGGGUAAAGAGCCUCCAUCAGACAUGGAUGUCGAUGUUAGAAAUAUAUGUGCCUCUGACCAGAUCUCCAGUACAUCCUCACAUUUGCCAAAGACCAUAGAUGAAAAAGUAUGAAAGUGAAUCUCUAUUUUUUAAUUACAUGGUAGCUAAUCACUGUCCCUUUCUUAAAGAAGACCUGUCACUACAAAACGCACUGCAAUCUGCCGGCAGCAUGUUAUAGGGCAGGAGGAGCUGAGCAGAUUGAUGUAUAGUUUUGUGGGAAAAGCUUCAGUAACACUUG